AUGGACCCUGGUCCAUCUAGUCUGUAUGGACCAGUCAGUACAGAUUCAAUUGUUUUUGUUGAAGCUAAACAGUCUGAGUUAUACUUGAAGCAAGUUACAUGUGAUGCUGAAGCAUAUGAUUUGUACAAUGAUUAUGCUUUUAAGUUUGGCUUUAGUAUAAGGAGGGCAAAAGUAAGAAAAGUUGGUCAAACUUCUGUUUGGCGGAGUAGGAAAUAUUUUUGUUCCAAUGCUGGUUUGAAAGACCAUUCUAAGAGUGAUGUUAGGAGAUUUGAGAAAUUGGAUGUUCGUACAGAUUGUAAAGCUUAUGUUGAGUUUAUUAUUGAUGAUAAGGGGAUUUGGACUGUUACAAAACAUUUUAUGGAGCAUAAUCAUGCCAUGAUUCCAUUAGAUAAGCGACAUCUUCUAAGGUCUCAAAGAAAAGUUAACCAACAUCAGUUGAAGUUCAUUAGUAAUAUGAAGGCAAGUGGUGUUCAUGUCACAGACUCUAUUCGUGCCAUAUCAAAGGAAGUUAGGGGUUCGCCAAAUCUUGGAUGCACUAAGAAAGAUGUGUAUAAUGCUUUAGGCUCUGAAAAGUUUAACAGACUUGAAGGUUUGGAUUGCAAUCAAUUCAUUAAAUACCUUGCUCAAAGGCAAGCUAAGGAAAGUGAUUUUUUUCAUGAGUUUGAAGUAGAUGAACAUAAUGCUCUCUGUUCAGUUUUUUGGAGGGAUGGGAGGAUGAAAAGUGAUUAUGAGUUUUUUGGUGAUUUGAUGGUAUUUGAUACUACCUAUAGGACCAACAAGUAUGGGAUGAUUUGUGCCCCAUUUGUUGGUAUGAAUCACCAUUGUAACAAUGUCAUGUUUGGCAUGGGCUUUGUUCUAGAUGAGAAAAUCCCUUUGUGUUUUUCUUCCAAUCAGUCAUUAAAUUAA